GCGAUGACUUUCUCUCCAUAACUUUAAUAAAAGAUUAAUAGAGACUCAUUUCUUAUUACUUCUUUUUUAUUCUGUUUUAUCUAUUUUUAAUAUCUCAAACAUCACAUUUUUGUAAAUGAAUUCUCCUGUUAAUACCAACCAACCCGCUGCUGCUUUCCAAGGUGCCCAUGCUCUCAUGGUUACUUACUCUUCUUCCUCUGAGUCUGAGUCCUCUGGUUCUGAAGCUGGCUCUGGUCAAGAAUCGUCUUCUGGUUCUGGUUCUGAUGUCGUUUACCAUGAUGGUAACGAUUCCGACAGUAUGGAUGUUGAUAACGAGGGUACGCCCGCUACUCUUCAUUCGGGUCAAGGUGAAGAUGCGUCUUCUGUAAGUCCAGUCGUAGACUCUGUUGAAGGGUCGGAUUACGUUGGCCAAAUCAAGGUUUUGCAAAACCAGAUUGAUGGGGAUGCUGCUAAGAUUAUUCAACUCACUGCCGUUGGCGACGAGUUGUUGCAUAACAAGGGCGGUAAUUUCGCUGAAUUGCCAGCAUUAUUGAAUGCUAACCUUGCUAUGAUGGACUAUUUAAAUAAAAGGGUCAGUGGUGCUCAUGAGUCGUUGGUCUCCUUGAAGAAACAAGAAGCCAGUUUACUUGAAGUAACGAAUCGCACGAACAAGCUAUCGAUCAAGGGUUCGAAGAAAAAGGAAUUGGAUCAUACCGCUGUCAAGGCUAAGGAUCUCCCGGUUUUCAACGUUCGACCUAUGAAGGCCCGCAAGAUGAAUGGUGAGGAUGAUGUGAAUGAUGAACACAUGUUGUGCAACUUCGUUUUGGCUUUUGAGAGAGCUUACAAGAAUGAAAACGUCAACGUUAAUAAGCAUUGGUAUCCCCACUUGGAAGACUGUUUGGAAAAGCGUCUGUCCUCUCGCUUCUGGUUCGAUAAGGUAAUCAAGCCUGAGUACAAAGCUGACGAAAAGCUCCACUGGUUGUCCGCCGUCAAGAUGAUGCAAGACCGGUUCGUUAUCUCGUCCGAUAAAGGGAUCCAAAAAGAUAAUGAGGUUUUGUUCGAAAACGGUGCUAUUGGUCCAAAGGAUACUUUGGUGGAAUUUAUCUUCAAGUAUAGCGUCUUGGAGAUUAAUGGUAACAUCUCCACUAAGGACAACUACCUGUUCACGGCGUGCUUUAUCUGGAAAUCGAAGAAUGAAAAGCUCAAGGCGAAGGUAAUGGAUGCAAUGUCCGAGUAUAUGAACAGUACUCAACAAGGUGUGAGUAUCCAUGCUGCAACUACCGACGAGGCCUUUUGCGAGUUCUAUGCUGACUUUGGGAAUGUAACCAAGGCCAUUUACCGUAAAUUGACAAUUCUGGAACAUUGCCUGGAAGAAGAACGAGAAAAAAUUCCUUCUUUUGCUGGUGCUGGUUCCUCGUCUGGUGCAAGCCAUGAAAAGUCCAAGAAAAGAAAGACAAAGAACUCUUCUGGUGCUCGUGUCAGCCCACCUUGGUCUUCUCCUGCUCCUGCUCCUGCUUCUUCUUCUUCGUCGGUUGGAUCGGUAAAAGAUCAUGUGAUCAACUAUGACUUGGUUCGUUUGGAUGAAAUUUACAAGCCUUUCCAUCAUUUGAACGCCGAUGAAAGAAAUUUUCUUUUUAAGAUGAAGAAAUGCUUGAACUGCAUAGUGGCUCCUUUCUCUCCUGCUCACUUGGAGACUUGUCCUGCAAGAAAGCAUUACAAGAAGCACUAAAGUUGAACGGUACGAUGAUGAUGAUGAAGUGAAUUUUGGUGAUGAUGAAGACGAAUUCCAAGCUGUUUAUAGAAGCCUGGACGACUUUAUUUGCACUGUUAAUGAUGAAGUUAAUUUUUCUUAUAAUAAAAAUAUCUUUGCCAUAAAAAUUAAGAA